AUGUCAUUGGAUGCAGACGAAACUCGUCAGCGGUUAAAGGCAGCGGUACACUACACGGUGGGUCGGCUGUGUCAGAGGGCCGGAGAGGAGCACCGGAGGGAGUUCAGCCGGCAGGCGGUGGCCGCCAUAGCCGAGACGGCCUUCAGACAAUGUGAUGUAUUUGCUAAAGACCUGGAGGCCUUUGCAAGACAUGCUAAGAGAAGCAUCGUGUCAGCAGAGGACGUGAAACUCGCGGCCCGUCGUAGCACUGCACUGUCCAUCUACAUUCAUAAUAAGAGUGAAGAACUGGCCCAGGAGCAGAAGACUGCCAAAAACAAGAGCACCCGCAAGAGGAAGAGCAAAGACACGGAGGAGAGCAGAGAAUGA